CAAAAAUGUAAUACUCAAUCAUGCUCAAUCAAUAACAACUUGAUACUACUGGUCUGUCUACUGCUGAGUGCGGUUUUGGUCUCUGGAAGUCGCGGAACACGAUCGAGAAAACAUAGUCACCUGCCGGUAGCACCGCCACGAUGGCAAUCCCGGGCACUGCUGGAAGGGAUUCCGAGUGCGGCCAACGAUUUGCAGGUGUCCAACGUGAAGCCGGCCCCCUUCUCCAAGCCUGGCAGCGGAGGGUCGCUGAAGCGGGCCUACUACGUGCCCACGGUUACGAAUCUGGAGAACAAGCUGCAUCACUUCAUCAACAACCUCAAGACCGGGAUCGGUUCGUCCAAGUUGGCGCACGCCGUGAACGGGGUGACCUCGUCGUUGCAGCAGUCGCUGUCGGCGCCGGGCGCCGUCAGCAACCUGCUGAGUGGGGUAGCGUCCCGGCCACCAUCGGGACUCCAGAGUGCGCCAGGCCACUACGGGACGGCCAACGAGCUCCGGUACGGCCAGCCGUUCGUCAGCAAGCAGGUGGCCGGUCAUUACAAAACCGGCCCGGAGUCGAGCGGUCACAAGGGCCACGGUAAACGUGGACGACACUCGUCGUCGGCCGCCCCACCGGCCAAGUACGACUCGCUGAUGUCGGACUUGGGCAUCUCGGGGUACAAGCACUUCGAGAACGCCGUCAUCCGGGACCUAGAGCGACGCGAGGAGCUGAAGGUCGAGGCCACCAUCCACACGCUCUUCCCGGACGACGACGGCGACUGGCGACCGAUCUCGCCGAGCCGGAACCCGAAGGGAGUCCUCGAUGCGGCCAGCCAACACUCGGAACCGCAAGUGGUGACCGCAUCGCCGGACAAGCUCGCGGCCGGACAGAAACAUCGCCCUAAGGCGCGCGCACCGAAAGAGCGCACCAAGUGCUGGAACUGCGUUUCGUCCACCUCGUCUACCACCAGCGGGACGACGAAACAGUCACACCAUCACCACCACCACCACAGCAGCCCACCACCCAAGGUACCGCUGGGGCCAAGGAACGAGUCCACCCAUCCGCGGUUCGGACCUACGUACGAUGCCACCAUGUUCUACGGGGCCGACGGUAAGCCACCGGCAGGGAUCGUUUCCGGCGCUCUCGCUCAGUCGUACAGCAACGUCGAGGUGCACUACAAUCGCACCCUGGCACCCCCGUUCGCGGCCAGCCCCUGGACGCAGCCGCUCGGGCCCUCGGGACUGCUCCAGGAACUCAGCACCCAGCCGGCGCCACCCGUCACGACGUUUGCCGGGCUACCGUCGGACAUCGGAACGAGUGUUCCGUACACGGGGGCAAGUUUCGCGAAGAAAAGCUUCUCAAAGCUCGUCCCAAAGCUGGGGCACGGUGCGGAUGGUACGGCCGGAACCACCUCGACCACCACUCACAAGCCGACUGGUGGCUCGCCAGGAGGAACGAAAGGUACGACGACGACGACGACGACGACGACGAAGAAACACAAAGCGACCCACAAACACACGGAACCGACCGGUUCCGGCCACCGAAGGGUCCCGUCGGCCACCGGGAAGGGUUCCAUCGCCGGCGGCGACAGUUUCGGUUCCGGCUCGGUCAAGCACGAGCAGCGCGCGAAGAAGAAGUUUGACCCCAAGUACAGCCGGAACCGGGGCUCGAUCAAGUUCAAGGACGCACUAAAGCAGAACCCGGACCAGAUCUAUCGGUGA